CACACCUGGCAGCUUGUGGGUGCGUCAAGAUGUCUAGAGAGGAGCACAGCUUGUCAGAUGUCGAGCUCAGUCCAGGAGUGUCGGACGACAGCCGUUCCCGAUCACCCGGUCGUUCUUCCGGAGCAACCGGUGGGGAUGACUCGCCUCUCCACAGGCAGCAGCUGUUGGUGGGUCUGGAUGACGGCGCAGGGGGGAAUUGUGCCGGCAAAUCCGACGACGAGGACGAGCGCUUCCCAGCGGGUAUCCGCGAGGCCGUGAGUCAGGUGCUCAACUGCUACGACUGGACACUCGUGCCCAUGCCCGUGCGUGUGAACAGCGGGAGCAAGAGCAAGCCGCACGUUAAGAGGCCCAUGAAUGCCUUCAUGGUGUGGGCGCAGGCGGCGCGGAGAAAACUGGCCGACCAACACCCACACUUGCACAACGCAGAGCUGAGCAAGACCCUGGGGAAGCUUUGGAGGCUUCUCAAUGAGAGUGAUAAGCGACCCUUCAUCGAGGAAGCAGAAAGGCUGAGAAAGCAGCACAAGAAGGACUAUCCUGACUACAAAUAUCAGCCACGACGCCGCAAGAAUGGAAAGCUUGGUUCCGGGUCAGGAAGUGACGCGGAUGGCCAUUCGGAGGGUGAGAUCAAGCACAGCCAAUCCAUCUACGAUGGCCACCAUCUGGAUGUGGCCCACACUGGGGGAGCCGGGUCCCCUCUGGCAGACAGGCACCACACGCAUGCUGCAGGUCAGAGCCACAGUCCUCCCACACCCCCAACCACACCCAAGACAGAGCCUCAGUCUGGGAAGGCCGGGGAUGGAAAGAGGGAGGCCUUUGGCAAUGGGGUGAUCUCCCGUGGCCCAGUAGGAGCAGAAGGUAGUUCAGGUGGGAAGCCUCAUAUUGACUUUGGCAAUGUGGACAUAGGUGAGAUGAGCAGCGAUGUGAUGGCCACAAUGGAGCCUUUUGAUGUCAACGAGUUUGACCAGUACCUUCCCCCCAAUGGCCACCCAGGAGUCGGACAGAUGGCAGGGUCAGGAGCAGCCACACCUGCGACCACCGCAUCCCAAUACACGUAUGGAAUCUCCUCAGCUCUGGCAGCGGCCAGUGGACACUCUGCAGCCUGGAUGUCCAAGCAACAGCCGCAACAUCAUGGCUCCCCUCCAAGCUCAGACUCCUCCAAGGCCCAGAUCAAGAGCGAGGCUGGAGGUGUAGGUGGUCACUUUUCAGAGGCAACUUCAGCCGGUUCCCAUGUUACCUACACCCCACUGAGCCUUCCUCACUACAGCUCUGCCUUCCCCUCGCUGGCCGCAAGGGCUCAGUUUGCUGAUUAUGCUGACCAACAAGCAUCGGGGUCCUACUAUGCUCACUCCAGCCAGGCGACAGGGUUAUACUCUGCCUUCUCUUACAUGGGGCCCACUCAGAGGCCCCUGUACACUGCCAUCACUGACCCACCCGUUGUACCACAGUCGCACAGCCCCACACACUGGGAGCAGCCUGUCUACACUACACUGUCGCGGCCAUGACAGAUAACGAAACCACAGGGCACUGGUGCAGGUCCAGCCCCCAUGCCCAACCUGAGAAGCAGCACCUGCAGCAGCAUUGGGGGUGAAAGUGGUCUGGGCCGAGGGGAUUGGGCUGGCACCAGGGGAGUCGGCUGGGGAGGCAGCAGGGAAGAAACCCUGCUCUGCCCUCGCCCAGAUGUAGAAAUGCUGUCACAGGUGAAGGAAGAGUUUGGAGAAUGGUGCUUUUGAAGCACUGUUGAUGCACAGUCUAGGAGUGAAAAUGCAAUACUUUGGUGGCAUGAAGUAAAAACAGCCACCCAGCACGUUCCUGAUUAGAUUUGCAGCAAAUGUCUACCGCUCCAAACAACACAAAUAGCAGUAAUCAAGGAUCACGUUCCUCUCUGGUUGGUGGUUCCGGGCAUAGAAGUGGAACAGUGAAGUCCAACCCCGCCCUUGAAGAAAGAAGAAGCAGAAUCAGGUUGUCACGGUUCACACUGCGAAUAAUCCAAUUUUAAAUCUAGAAAGAAUGAUAUUUAACCUUUUUUUGUUUGAUUUGCAACAAGAAUGGAGUGCCAACGUCUUGCUGGCCCAUUCACAUCUCAGGCACAAGUUACUUUUUAUCAGACGUUAGUCUCGUAGUACUUUCAGCAAAUGAUCACGCUAACACUGUUGGUUUCAUAGGCACAUUUCUUCCUGUUUGUAGAGCUUCUCUAGAUUUGUCUGUGUUUUGUCGCUAUGUAUAUGCAUGAGGAGGGUUUGCCAUGAAUAAGGCUGUGUUUCAAUUCACACUUCAAUAUGUAUACUAUGUACACUGUGUACUUAAUUUGUGGCGGCGCUGCUCUUGGCAGUGUAGUGCUGUCCCAAAUCGAUUGCUGUCGCUGCGCACUUACCGGAAACGACGAUCGCAAUAUUUAUCCGCUUCCUCUUCUUUUCGUUCCUAUUUAAUCGCAACCACUCAAGUCAGUCCCUCCCCUUCCACUACAUAGCCAAGAUGGCGAUCAUUGAAGGUAGUUAGAGUCCAUUGCUGCGCACUCACCAACUGACGGAAGUGCUCGAAUUCAAACCCAACGCAAGUGCUUUGUCAUUUGGGACUGAGAAGUAAAAAAAAAAAAAUCGUAAUAAUCCACAAUGACUUAGUUUAGUUUAUAUGAUGUACUUGAAAUUCCAUUUGUAAAAUGACCAAAACUUGACACCAAAACGUACGUAACCAAGAAACCGCUACGAUGGCAGUUUCUCCCAAUGUGACAUUCCAAGCUACCUUACAUUAUUAGCUAAAUUAGACAUAGCUUAGCUUAGACUAGCCUUUUGCAGACGACUUCAGAUGUACUCAUGUCAAAAAGAUUCUUAUUUUACACUGGCACUGAGGAGAGUGAAUGAUUUUAGUUACAUUUUGACAGACCCACGAAGAACCUUCAUGGGCAAAAAAAGACUAUUUAUAAUUUGUCAAUGUAUCAUAAAACUGUUUUUAAUCUUUUUGUGUAUUGUUCACUAUGUUCUGCUUUUGUUAUUUCCACUGAAAGUCUGCAAAUAUCAAGUCUAGGGCAGCAUUUACUGUGAAAUGUCACAUCUUAAAGGAAAACUGCACUUUUUUUUGGAAGUUUGCCUUAUGUGGAACAUGACCACAUGCCUCUCUUUUCUGCGUGUUCUAAAGAGAGAAAAAAAAAACGCUAAAAAAACAGCUAGCAUGUAACGGGACACACCUACAGUAUUUUGACUAUAAAGACACCAAUAAGAACACGCAUAUGAACAACUACCAAUAGACAACCAAAUAAUCUGUAAAAGACUAGUGUUUUGUUUAUACACGGCUUGAUGGACUGUGUCGCGAUAUCAUGUGCUAUGUGCUCCAUGUAUCAAUCAAUAUCAUGGUCAUUUACUCACCAGUUGUUUGUUAGCGCUAACAAUUCCUCGUCCGUUGUGAUGCAAUCUGCUCCUCGCCUUACACACUGUAUGCCGCUCAUUGCAGCAGAAACAGUCUGUUUCUGUUGGCGUGGCUUGGCAAGCUCCACGUUUACACCACCAAGUCAUGCCAGUGUAAUGACUGGGCACCAUCCUCAUUCGUCCAAAAGUAGUCGGCGGCGCUCACCAAGUCUGCCGUGAUUAGCAUUAGCAAACAGACACGCGCUUGACACGCAGCUGUUGUUGACGGAAGUAGCGUUAGUUCCUAUCCAUGUGAAAUCGAAGCGCACAGGAAAGAAGUUCCGUUAAUGUUUCAAAUGAUCAAAGUACGGCAAAAUACUCUAAGUAUGACAUAACUAUGAAUGCACCUGUUGGUCACAUGGCCACAGCAUGUACUGUACUGUAUAUAAAACCAUGAAACGUUGUUGGAGGGGUUUUUUUAGAGGGCUUUAUAGUCCAAGUAGGUCACUGUUUUUCUCGCUUUAGAACGCACAGAAAAGGGAAAGACAUGCGUGCUCAUGUUUCACAGAAGCAUUGUGGAUGAAGGGCAAAAUCCCUCCUCCCCCAAAAAAGUGCAGUUUUCCUUUACGAAUGUGCAAAGGUUUUGCCAUAUGCUGAAAUAGAACGGCUUUCACGUACAGUAAAAUAUAUAGGAUUAUAUUAAAUAUUAAAUGCGCCCUUGCUUUUACUCUUGUUUAUUACGCAUUAAACACAGCAGGAACAAAAGAUAUUCAAGCAUUUAAUGCUCCAUGGAUCAACACGAAAUCUGUACUUUCACUAUUAUAACAUGUACCCCCACCCCCCAAUCUCCCAAACAUAUCUUUAUUUUAGCUUAUUGUACAUUAAAAAUGCUGGAAAAAAACACAUUAUGUUGCUUUGAUUGACAUACAUUUAUAUAUCAUAUCAUAAUCACUUGUCAUAUUUUAGAUUCCCUUGCAUGCAGCCCUGCUAUUUACGCCCAACCAUUUGAAUCGGUUUAAAUCACUGGUGCACUAUUCAUGCUAGAAUUGCUGUCGACUCUUUCUUUACAUUCGACUGUUUCCCAUGUUGCAGUGGUGUGUGAGACGGUUGUCAGCGAAGCACUGCCACGCAAUUUUGAAACAGCGGAAGAAGCAAAUGUUUUUGUGAAGGUGAUUGAUGAUGAUUUGUGCUCACGUGAAAUAAAGAUCUUCUUUGCGAGAAGUCGACUUCUUUGCUGCUUCUUUUUCACAAUACAGCAGAUCCUCGCACAUUUGAGACUUUUUGGUCAAAAAUAU